UGGGUAUGUUUAGUGAUGUCUGCUCUACGUUUGUGGGUGGUCGUUGGUAUGUUGGCGGUGGUAAGCACGCCCGCCACCGCGGUGGUCGGCGGAGAUCCCGCCUUGCCACCUGAGCCUGAUUCUGCCGUGGUUUUCGUCCAAAAACACGGCCGAAGCGCCCGACUUGAGGGUUUCAAGAACGAUGUACGUGGAUAUUACACUUUUUUAGGUAUCAGAUAUGCCGAACCACCAGUUGGCAAUAGAAGAUUCCAGAGGCCCAUUCGACGUUUCCUUAGCGGCGAACUAUCGGCAAUGACGCAAUGUGCACCGUGCCCACAACUGGACCCGUGGAACCAGAGGAAGUCAGUCGGCCAUGAAGACUGUUUAUGUCUCAACAUAUACGCACCAAAAAUGCCUGGAGAGGAAGAAGGUUGUCCUGUAGUAUUUUUCGUACACGGAGGAAAUUAUCGAAGUGGAUCAAUAGUUCCAUACGGGGGUCAACAUCUAGCCCAGAAGGACACAAUUCUAGUAACAGUGCAAUACCGGCUUGGGUCUCUAGGUUAUUUGAGCACCGGACAAAGAGAUGCACCUGGCAAUGCCGGACUAUUCGAUCUGAGAGCUGCUCUUUCAUGGACACAAGAAUACAUUGAAUUCUUCGGCGGCGAUAAGAACCGCAUAGUUAUAAUGGGCCAAGGAUCCGGCGCUAGUGCUGCGUCGAUCAUGGGCCUAUCGCCGGAGGGGCGUAGCGCUGCAGGCGUGGCCGCCAUGUCCGGCACUCCUCUCUCCCCUGGAGCAGUCAGGAGCGAUCCGGAUGCUCACGCUAAGGAACUAGCAGAGAGAACUGGAUGUCCACACAAGCCUGCAGAAAGACUGAUGAAUUGUCUAAGAAAGAUUCCAGUAGAAAAGAUCAUAUUAGCGGAUAGUGAAAUGGAUAUAGACAUGGUUGACACGAAGAGGUUUCUUGAUGAGAUAUCUGGGAGAUCAGGAUCUGGGGCACGUGUUGAGGAAGAAGACGACAGGCGUGGGCUCCCGCCGCUCGUGUCGGAGCAACCCGCGCAGUCGCUGCAACGCCGCCGCCAGCACGGCCCGCUCCUCACAGGUGUCGUCUCCGCGGAAACCUCCAAAGCGGUGUUCGGCAAAUUUUCUACAUUCUUAACCGGCAAGUUGGGUGAAGUUCAAGACUUCAUAAAGAAGGAACUGAUUGGUGGUCUGCGUGACGUGGUGCAGGGCGUUGAAGGACUGAUCCCUCUGAAGGCGUUGGGCGUGGACACCUUGAUACCUUUACCAGACUACUACCAAGCGUUAUUUGACAGCACCUCAAAGGCUGUCGAUGGCCUGUCACAAAUAGUAGACGCUACAAGUGAUGCUCUUUUCAACUUCCCGGCAUACCAAACGGUACGCGCAUGGGGUGCGGCCAGCCCCGCCUUCCUCUAUAGCUUCGAACACGUAGGCAACCUCAGUAAGGGCAACCACUUCCUGCCUGGUAUCGCACUAACACAGGAUGGCGAUUCAAAAGUAAAGGUACCUAAAACGGGACCCUCUCAUGGGGACGAGCUCGCUUACAUAUUCGAGCCACUAGACGAGGCAGGGAAUCCCCUCGGCCUGGACGUGUCCGACACUGACCAUCGUGUUAGAGAGUCGUUUGUAGGUCUUAUCAGCAAGUUCGCCCAUAACCUGGGCACCUCGGGGAAUGAUUCUAAGUCGUUCGGUUUCAUGCCAUUCUCGGAAGAUAAUGACCAAUUCCUCAAAAUCUCUGAUAAGAUUACCGUUGAUUCGAAUUUCAGAUUCUGUCAGAUGGGUUUGUGGGGCAACAUGGCUGAUAGGAUCAGUGGCGCGUUUUGUAAGGACUUCCUUGGUGGUUUACUGAACCUGCCCAAGUUGGACGUUCCAGUGGCACUGCCGGUGCCCCUUAAUGGUGGUUUGAAUUUACUCGGCGGAUCAUCUAGAGGCAAAGAUAGAACUUCUACUCAAAAUCCAUUAUUGUGGAAAAAUCCUCUGCCUUUUCGAUUUUAAGUGAUAAAUAAAGAGUUUUAAUUAAUUA